AUGGUGGCCCAUACCGCUUUUGUUUUGUGUGGCGUGGCGUGUCUCCUAGCAGCGAGCUCUCAGGAGGCACCCAGUACCCGGGACAUUCCUUUGGAUAUUCGCUAUCCAGGGCUGGUCAAAUGCGACCCAGCAGAGAUGUAUGGUUGCAUGAGCCGAUGCUCUUCAGGGGUGACUCAGGAGGAGAAUGCAGACAGAAAGCUUUGUCUGACCAUCCGCUGCAUCCGGGAUUGCUCCAGGACGACGUCGCGGGAGUGCCCGUCCAAAUGUCAUCCCGACACGUUGCUGCAAGCAGCGAUCGAACCAGCACUGCCAGCGGUGGAAGUGUGGAAGUCUGUGGCAGCUCUUGCGGCGUGCGAGAAGCUGCUAAGCCUCAUCGAUGCCCGUUGUGCAUUGGUCUGCGAGCUUCUGCAGGCCAUGAAAGGUCUUUCCGGAAGGCAACUGGAAGCUUUCCAGAUGGCUUGGGGCCCAGAGGGGGACAUUGUCAAGUUUUACAAUUGUAAGCAGGAGCAGAAAAUCCUGCUGGCUGGUCCAAUGCCGCAUCUGGCUUGCCAGGAGCUAAUGCAGCUGUUGAUUCAGAUGCAAGGUCUGCUUCAGCAAACUCAGCAGCGAAAUGCGCAGCUUGUAGGACAAGCGCGGGCCGAGGCUGUCAAUUCUGUCACUGGCAACGCGGCUGGAGUUGCGCUCGAGGCUCAUCGACAGAUGGCGCAGGCCCCCUCCCGGUCAUUGCCGCCCUUUGCAUUGCAGACGCCGCUGACGCCGCCGCCUGCGCCUCUUGCGCCUGCGACAGCGCCAACUGCCUUUGGCGACAUGCAGAAAAGAAAGGAGAUUGUGGUGGGCCCUCCGCAGGCCGGUGAGGUCCGGGUGAAAGUGAUUUGCAACGCCCUCUGUCACACAGACAUCUACACGCUCAGUGGCCAAGAUCCAGAGGGCCUUUUUCCUUCCAUCCUGGGACAUGAGGCCGGUGCCAUUGUCGAGUCUGUUGGAGAGGGCGUCCUGUCCGUGAAACCCGGAGACCACAUCGUCCCUGGAUACACCCCGCAGUGCAAGGGCUCCGACUGCAUCUUCUGCAUGAGCCCGAAGACCAACCUGUGCCCAAAGAUCCGCGGCACACAGGGCAAGGGUGUCAUGCCCGAUGGCACCUCCAGAUUCACACUCAAGAAGGAUGGCACGACCCUCUACCAUUUCAUGGGCUGCUCCACGUUCGCAGAGUACACCGUCCUCGCCGAAAUUUCCUGCGCGAAGAUCAAUCCCGAGGCCGACUUGGAGAAGAUGUGCCUGUUCGGUUGUGGCAUUGCUACUGGACUGGGCGCCGUCUGGAAUAGUGCGAAGGUUGAUCCCUUCUCCACCGUGGUCGUCUUCGGCCUUGGAGCCGUGGGUCUGGCGGUGAUUCAAGGCUGUAAGGCAGUGAACUGCACCAAAAUCGUUGGAGUUGACACCAACCCCAAGAAAUUCGACAUCGCAAAGCAGUUGGGCUGCACUGAGUGCGUAAAUCCGAAGGACUACGACAAGCCCAUCCAACAGGUGUUGGUUGAGAUGAGCCCUACCAAGUUUGGAUACGACUACACUUUUGAUUGCACUGGCAACACCGAUGUCAUGCGGGCGUGCCUGGAGGCCUCGCACAGAGGUUGGGGUCAGAGCUGCGUCGUUGGCGUGGCCGCUGCAGGCAAAGAGCUUUCAACGCGCCCGUUCCAGCUGGUCACCGGUCGGCGCUGGUUGGGCACGGCCUUCGGUGGCUGGAAAACUCGAGAUGCCAUCCCUAUGCUGGUGGACAAGGCCAUGAAAGGCGAGAUCGCCCUCGACCACUUCAUCACUCAUAGGUUUGAAGGCAUGGCAGGUCAGAAGCAAGCGAUCGAGGCUUUGCACAGCGGCGACUGUCUGAGAGCGGUGGUCCGGUACGAUCCCAGCGCCAGCACUAGAGUCACUCGAGACUGGGAAGAGCGCCAGGCCUCCGGUGAGGAUGCCGAGGUUGGCACCGUGGAAACGGCAGAGGCGGAGACCCCGACGCGGAGCCGAGGAGAAAGGCCCAGGUCGCUGCACGUCGAGGGAUCGUGCGGGGAUGUCGAGGGGCCCGUGGGGCCCCAGAAGUGGGCCGAUUGCGACUUGGGAGAUCUGCCAGGGGAAGCCGUGAUGGAGCCGGAGACGGCCCCAGCCAGAGCGGAGGCGAACGGUGGGAACGGCGAAGAGACGCUAGGCCUCGCCGCCUACCACGAUGCUUUGCUGGGCGUCUGA